GCUGCUAGGGGGUGCUGCGCUGUUGCAGAUUACGGCUCUCUCACCCAGACGACAGGCUUGGAUCCUUUUGGAGGGUGUGAACAGGAAGAAAAAAAGAAAGAGAGAAAGAGAGAAGGCACGAGAGAAGAAAAACAGACACGAACUAGGGCGAGAAGACCAUAACUCCAAAGUCCAAUUCCUGAAAAUUUUCAGAAAGGAAGAUCAGCUUUUUCCAGAUGUGGUACCUUAUCUUCUUCUGUCUCCCUGUCUGGGCUGAUGCAGCCUCCAUGUAUGGUGAGAUCUUGUCACCCAAUUAUCCUCAGGUGUAUCCAAAUGAUCUGCAGGAAUCUUGGGAAAUCGAAGUCCCUCCAGGAUAUGGCAUUCACCUUUAUUUCACACAUAUGGAUCUCGAACCAUCUCAGAACUGUGAAUACGACUCUGUGAAGAUCCUGUCUAGUGGCCAUGUUGAAGGUGUGCUUUGUGGGCGAAAGAAACCCCGUGUCCCUGGCUCCUUGAUUGUGGAGGAAUUCCAUGUCCCUUAUAACACCCUGACUGUGACCUUCCAGUCAGACUUUUCCAAUGAGGAGCAUUUCACUGGUUUUGCAGCCUACUAUGUUGCAGUGGACUUGGAUGAGUGUACGGAUUUUGUGGAGGAACCUUGUAGUCAUUACUGUAAUAAUUAUAUUGGAGGUUACUUCUGCACCUGCCCACCAGAGUAUUUCCUCUAUGAGGAUAAGAAAACAUGUGGAGUGAACUGCAGUGGAAAUGUCUUCACUGAGUCAUCAGGGGAGAUUGCCAGCCCAAACUAUCCCAAUCAGUACCCAGAGAACUCGCGGUGCAAGUACCGAGUGGCUCUGAGGCCAGGCUACUUUGUGGCAUUGACCAUACGCAGUGAGGACUUUGAUGUGGAGCCAGCUGACUCAAAAGGGAGUUGCCAUGACAGCUUAACGCUUGUCUCUGGAGAAAAGCGUUUUGGUCCCUAUUGUGGCAGCAAAUUCCCAGGCCCUUCUGAAAUCAAGACUAGGAACAACAUUCUUGACAUAAUCUUCCAGACGGACCAGGCAGUACAGCAUAAAGGCUGGAAAAUACGCUACUAUUCAGAUCCCAUAACCUGUCCCCCGAGUGUCAUCUCCAACUCUGUUCUUGACCCAAAGAAGGACAGGUAUACCUUCCAGGACAGUGUAAAGGUGACCUGUGUAGAAGGCUAUGAAAUUGUAGUGAAACAAGACAGCCUCAGGACUUUUCACUCCAGCUGUCAGGACAAUGGUGAAUGGAGCAACUCUCAUUUCAGCUGUGUUCCUGUGAACUGUGGUGAACCACUUCCUAUUGAAAAUGGACAAGUUGAAUACAUCUCCAAAAUUCAUGAGCCUCUGUACAAAGCUGCUGUCCGGUAUCACUGUGAUACACCUUAUUAUACCCUAAAAAACGAAGGGGAAGUGGUGUAUGAAUGCUCAGCCAGUGGACAAUGGAUCCAUGAAGAAAUGGGAACAGAGCUACCAAAAUGUGUUGCAGUCUGUGGGGUGCCCAGUAAUCCCGUCCGAGAGACAGCAAAGAUUUUUGGAGGCACCCGUGCAGAAUUGGGCAACUUUCCCUGGCAGGUGUAUUUUGAAUACCCAAGAGGAGCUGGUGUGCUCAUUUCUGAAAGAUGGGUGAUGACUGCAGCUCAUGUGCUGGAGGGAUUUGAUAAGCCUGACAUGUUUGUUGGUGUAAUCAAUGUUGGUAGAGAGUCUUUGUACCGGGAUGCCCAGCAGCUGAUUGCAGAGGCUUCAUUCAUCCAUCCAGGCUGGAAGAAGCAGUCCAGAGACUCCCACAGGACCGAUUUUGAUAAUGAUAUUGCACUAGUGAAGCUGAAGAAUCCUGUGAAGAUGGGCCCAAACAUCUCACCCCUCUGUCUUCCUGGUAAAUCACCUGAAUAUGAGCUACAAAAAGGGACUCUAGGCUAUAUUGCUGGCUGGGGACAGAAAGAGAGAGGAAGACUACCUAUUUAUCUUUGGAAGGCUCAGAUUCCUGUGGUGGACAUGGACAAGUGCCGUUCUGUGAAACCAGAGGGCCCUGCUGAUUCCAGUGCUUACCGAUUCACUGACAACAUGAUCUGUGCUGGUGGUGACAAGGACAGCUGUAAGGGGGACAGUGGUGGAGCCUACUCCAUCCAAGAUCCUCUUGAUAGUAGCCGGUACUAUGUGGCUGGGCUGAUCUCCUGGGGACCAAGAUGUGGCACUUUUGGUCUCUACACCAAGGUAGUACGUUACCUGGAUUGGAUUACAGAGACCAUGAGUAAGCAUGAGAAUGCAGAACCUUUACAGGAUUAGCUCUUUCUCCCUUUAGCACAGUCACACUUCCUAAAUGUGAUGGUUACCUGUUCUGGUAGGAAGUCUGGCUACAAUCCUGUUCACUUUUUGUGUAUAACAAGACAACUCAUUCUGUCUAUGCUGAGUGGAGAGUCAGGAAUUUGUAUUGGUUUUCCCCACUGUCAUCGUGACUGGGAAAGGAAUUUCUCUUACUUCUUCCACUCAUAGUAACAUAACAUGAAGAUGCUAUUCUGCAUAAGGAGCCUCCUUCUUCUGCUUCCUCUCAUUUCUACUAUCCAGUUUUUCCCACUUGGAGAAGAACUACUCAUGCCCUGCCUGACAGGGAGAUUACAAUGAAGAUGAGAGAGAAUAAUUGUUGGUUUCCAGGGUAGGUUCAAAGUCUGGUUUCUGAUUUCUUUAUUUCCUGUAUUGUUCAGAAUAUCUAACAGCAUUAAAGAAUGACCAAAUUUGCUUCCCA